CUUUCGGUUGUCGGGUUUGGUUUUUGGCAUCCGAACCAACCAAGUGGUUUUCAGCAUUUUAUGAUCUGCUUUCACUCUUUGGCAUGUUUAAACGGUUCUCCAACAAAAACACUUUGAAAACCAUCUCUCGUUUUUAGUCGUUUGACAAAAACCACGCAAAACGGCGUAAACUUGGCUAGCCGUGGUUUUUAAUCAAAUGAAGUGAUUUUUAAAGUGUCUCACUUGAUUUCUUAGCCAAAUACAUCAAAUAAGUGUUUUAAACACUUGGUUUUUAUUUUGGAGAACCUUGGAUUUUUCGGUCGGUUUUUGCAUCGGUUGGCUAGGCCGUGGUUAAGGCAAAAACCACAGGAAUUGUUUUUGAAUGCAUUUAAAUGUUUCUCCAAUCAAAAAAUCAUGAAAACCACCUUUUGGUUUUGUCUUUUGGUAAAAACCACCCGUGUACGGCAUUGACUUGGUCAUUCGUGGUUUUUACCUUAACGACGUGGUUUUCAACAUACAAAGCUUAUUUUGACAUCAAAAUACAUUAAAUAAGUGUUUUAAACACUUAGUUUUUACUUUGGAGAACUUUGCAUUUUUCGGUCGGGUUUGAGUGCCGGUCGGCUAAGCCAUGGUUCUGGACUAGCCAUCUACCCAGCGAUGGUAGAUUUCACCCAUGCAUGGGAAAGUGAUCCCGGGAUUCCAGAAUCAUUUCACCCAGCGAUGGGAGAUAUUACCCAUCGAUGGGUAAGCAGCCUUCAGCCCAAUUGAAUUCCAGAACCAUGCCAAACAACGAUGGGAAGCUCUACCCAUCGAUGUUCAAGCCUUGGUCCAACAUUAUUACAAGGCAGAAUGCCCUUACCCAGCGAUGGGAAGCUUUACCCAUCGAUGGGAACCCAGCGAUGGGAAGGCUUAACCAUCGAUGGGAAGGCAUGACCGUUGUGAGUCAUUUAAGGCUGAUUCUUUCCUUGUUUGAAAGUCAACCUCCCACCCAGCGAUGGGAAGCAUUUACCCAUCGAUGGGUAGGUGACCGUUGGCUUCAAAACUGAAGGAAAUUUGGCUUACCAGCGGUGGGUGAGUCUAAACAUCGAUGGGAAGCCAAUAUCCUGCAGAUCCCAAAUUUAUUCAAUCCCAUAAAUCAAGCCAAUCACCCCUUUAAUGUAUUGGUCCGUUGGAGCCUUUUUUGGCACUAUAAAAAGGGGUGUUUGGGUCUGCUUUACACAUCAAUUCACUUCACUUUAUUCAUAUUAUCAUUGCAUCCAAACAACAU